AUGGCCGACAUCACGGCGCAACUCGCCAAUUUCAACCCCUUCUCCAAGCACAGCCGCAAGGGCAACGAGGACGUCGGCGACACCAUCGAACCUGGUGCUGUAGGCAACCAUUUCCACAUUCUCGACUCGGCCAAGGCCACCCUGCCAGUCAGCCAUGCCCUCAAGGCGUUUAUAGCCAAAAACGAGAUCCUUCCCGAACGAGAUGUUGGCCUCGGCGCAGAACAUCACACCGAGGCGCUGCGUUCGCUCCUGUGCAAGCCUCACAUCCAAGUCCCUCCCAUCGUGACCGACCGAUCAUACCCCCUCCCCGACUAUUUCAUCAGCUCCAGCCACAACACCUACCUGCUGGCCCACCAGCUGUUUGGAGAAUCGAAUGCCUCAGGGUACAGAACUGCUCUGACCACCGGCUCUCGUUGUGUCGAAAUCGAUGCCUGGGACAAUCCCGACGACCUGAAAGAGCCCAAGGUAACCCACGGGUAUACAUUGGUGUCCCAUAUUCCGUUCCGAACCGUUUGCGAGACGAUCCGAGAUGUGUUUGACGAGGAGCUUGAAGCUACUUUCAAAACCCCGGGCCAGGAGCCCUCGCCCAUCCUGAUCUCCCUUGAGAACCACUGCGGCCCUGAGGGACAGCUGCGCUUGGUCCAGAUCAUGACUGAGGUCUGGGGUGAUCGGCUGCUCAGUAAAGCAAUUCGCGAGGGAGCGGAUCCCGAACAUGUAACCUUGAAAGAGCUUCGUGCUAGUAUUGCAGUUAUCGUCGAGUUCCACUUCCCCGAUGAAGUCGAGCACGAUGACGACGAUGACGAAGAAGAGGAAGAGGACGGCGUCGAGAUCACUGAGGACGAAAAGAAGGCCAGGCAGGAGUAUAAGCAGAAGAAGAAGACCCAGCCUUCUACCCUCAUCAUCCCAGAGCUUGCGGCGCUAGGAGUCUACGCGCAGUCCGUCAAACCCGUUAACAACUCAUGGUUUGAUUCUGGCGAGCUUCUCAAUGGACCACACCAUCAUCUUAUAAACGUGUCGGAAUCUGGAUUGAAAACCCAUUUGCCAGCGAACAAGGUGCCAAUUUCCAUUCAUAACUCGCGCCACCUGAUGAGAGUCUUUCCCAAAGGUACACGCAUCACGUCGUCGAAUCUGAAGCCCGUUCCAUUCUGGGGUCUGGGCGCCCAGGUCUGCGCUCUCAACUGGCAGACGUACGGCACGAGCAAUCAGCUAAACGAUGCGCUUUUCUUCGGCACGGAUGGCUUCGUCCUGAAACCCGAAGCUCUUCGCGCCGGAGGCAGUGGAAAUAUCGCUACUGGGCGAAAGAAGAGGCUGCGUCUACAUGUUGCAGGUGCAUCCAAUGUGCCUCUCCAGGAGGACAAUGACGGGGACGAUGCGAUCAAGCCGUACCUCACUUGCAAUCUAUAUCACCCGGACGACCUCGAAAACGAGCCACCGAAGCGCAAGACUUCGGCGUAUCGACAGCAUAAACUCGGCUUCCUCCACCGUGGUGAGAAUCCCCCGCCCACCGACCCGAUCUGGGAUGAGACACUCGAGUGGGAGUACGACGACAAUGAGCUCGUAUUUCUGAGACUCCUUAUCAAGAGUGAUGAUUCAUGGGCCGUGAACCCCAUUGUUGCCGCCCUUGCAGUGCGUCUUUCGUAUGUUACACCGGGCUGGAGCUUUCUCCGCAUGAUGGACCUCAAGGGCAAGGAAAGCGAUUGUAGCGUUCUUGUCAAGUUUGAGUUUGAGGAUAUCUAG